ACAAAUGUAUUUAUAUUUUUGCAGGGGUCACAGAUUGGUCAGGAAGAUAAAGAGAAUGUAUUUCUGGACUGUUUUGGAGCAUUCUGGGAAGUGUCAGGCACUCAUAUUAUACAACAUAAUCAAGCAUUCAAGGCAAGAAUCAGUAACGAAGUUCGUGAAAAACUCCUGAAUGAGGCUGUCCAAAGGUCAAUAAGAGAGAGACUACUUGAUAUUACACUAGAGUUGUUCACUCUAAAUACAGAGAAACGUAAUGUCUGUACUCAGACUCAGCGUAGAACCAUGAUACCAUCCUCCUGUCAAGUCAGACCUUCCACCUGUGAUAAAGCAACUUUUAUGGAAUCUGAAUGGCAAGAUGAAGGAUUUAGAAACCUUGAAAUGGAUGCUCUUGAACAUAUGAACUGGCAAGUAAAUACUGAUUAUGCCUCUCCUGACCCUACCCUUAGUCUCCGCCCUCUUGGUAGAGGUGGACCACUUCUUUCACAGUCAUCUCCAAAAGAUAGCUUCUAUUCUACAAAGUCCAGUGACACAUUAGACUCUCCAAGUGCACAUGACCUAUCAAAAGGAUCGAACAUAUCUGACAGUGUUUACGUGACUCCAGGAGAAACUCGUGCUAGUUGUUCAUCUUCUAAAUCUGAUAAAAGUGAUGUAAUGAAUGGUGCACAAGAAAAAGGAAUUGCUGCACACAGUCCUAAGGAGAACAAGAGAAAGAAUCUAAUAAACAGUCUAAAAGCUGAUUUUGAAGACUUUGAAGAAGAUGAUGUUGCAAUGGAAAAUACAAAAGACUCUGAACUCUCAAGAGAUUUUCAAGGUGGAAAUUUAAAUAUGAAUAAUAAUAAUUCCAGUAAAACUGUCACUGAACAAAAGAGUGCAAUAGGUAAAAGCAUUGUUGAUUGGUUUGAUUAUGAACCACCAGCUGUGGAGAAAGUAAGAAAUGGUGUAAAACUUGAGGAGAAACGAUUAGAGACGAAAAAGAAAUUAGAUAGUACAUCAAUGGAAAUAAUUGAGCAUGAGUACGCCCCUACAAAAGAUCUCACUAAGAAAAAGUCCAAGAAGAAUAAGGAGAAAAAACAUGAAAAAACAAAUUUGUUAGUAGACAAUAGAAAGGAAGAAAAAGACAAAGUUAUUGACUCUGGAGCAUUUGAAAAUAGUCUGCAGCAAGCUAUAAUAGAAUCACUACAAGACACUGGAAACGUGACAGUUAAAACAGCUGAUUGUGUUGAAGUAGAUGCUGAUGAGAAUAUAGAUUGGUGGGCAAUAGGUGAGGGAGGGGAUACUAAAUAUUGUGAAGAUGAUAUGCGUUUGUCUAGAGGGGAUAAUAUAUUUAUUGAUAAUGGGCCUGAUGUGAUAAUAGAAGAUGAAUUUGAACAAGAAGAUAAUGCUGAAAUAAAUAAGGUUGCUGAGGAAAAAGUUGAACCUCAAGGAACCACAGACACUGAAAACCAUCUACAUGUUGUUAGUAAAACAGAUAAAAGUCUGUCAGAUUCUGAUGUCGGUGAUAUUGAUAUGGUGGUCCAGCAGAAAAUUGACAACUUUGCUUUUGAAUUAGAUGAUGAUGAUGAUGAAAAGUGGGAUAGUGAAAGUUCAGAUGAUCCUAAUGUUAAUGACUGGGUUGGUUUGCAGCAUGACAAUCCAGGCUAUCAGGAAGACUUUCCUGAAAUUGAUCCAAGAACUGUGUUGCCAUCAAGAAAUGAGAGCUUAGUACCAUCUGCUGACACCAUGUGUUCUGAUAGAAAAUUUGAGAGCAGCUUUCCAAAAACUAAUUUAGCAGAGUUUGUUAAUGUGAAUGAAGAGUGUGAUAUUGAAGAGAGGCCACGAGCAACAAGAUGGGUGCCUGGACGGAGAAAAUGUAUGAACUGUUACAGUGAGGACCAUACCACAGAAAGCUGCCAACAGUUUGUAAUAAUGCAAUAAUCAACAACCUUCCAUUACAUAAUACUGAACUUCUGAGGAGACAGAAAGAAGGAAUGUAUUAAUGAAAUAGUUAUGUCAGAGUUUGUCUGUCAGUCCUUUUGGUAAUUGUCAGUUUAGCAGCCUUUCUUUUAGAAUGUAUAAUGAAAUUUCAGACACCAGGUUAAUAAUAAUAGCUAGAUAUUUACUUUUCAUCAAAAACAAAGAUUAUUCUCAUUAAUAAUUAAAUGUUUACCCAUUACAUUAGUUAAAUGUAUGCCUAUGGAGAUAGUUGUAAGGGUUACUGAUUUAUGUGACUGGGUACAUGAAAACUGUUUCUUAAUCUUAUUCCAUCGACUUUUAUGAACAGACUUGUUUGUAUUCAGUAGAUUUUAUUUGGGUUUUUUGAUGCCAUGACUGUGUAGAGAUUUUUCCUGAUCUGACAUUAUGAUAUAAAUGAGAAUAGUUAAUUUAUUCAUGUAGAAUAUCUGUGUUCAUUGAAUGUGCCAUGUAAAUGUUAUUUAUUUGUGUUAUAUUUAAAGGCUCAUUUUGCACCCAAAAUGAUAUCAUUUUAUUUCUCAUAAUUUUUUCUAUCCUGUGUGUUAUGGUAAAAGUUUCUGAAACAGUUCUCAUUGGUUAAGCAGCUGAACUAUUAUGUGCAUUUUAGAUGUAAUUUAAGUUACAGUAAUUCAUUGUAUUACAUGGAAGACAAAAUACUAACUAAUUUUCCUUUUGCUGCUUUUUUAAAGAUAUAAUUUUAAAUUCUUCACUGCUGUCUUUAGAUGAUAAACAUUUUAAUCUUUUAUCAAAAACAUUUUCAAAACAAAGGUUUCGCUUUUCUUGAGAGAGAAAUUUUAUUAAUUUCUGAGGCUUUAUGUGUCUUUGAUAAGGAACAAGAAAAUAUGCUUAAUUUGUUUGAUUUCAUUGUGGUAUACAGCAAUAAAUAACGGAAAUUAUUAUCCGGGAAAAUCCCGCUAUCUGUGGAAUGAUUUGUAGUCAUAAAGUCAGUUGUUCUAGCCAGGUACUUAAACUGUGUGACAUGUCAGAAAUACUUUAUAAACCUUCUGGGGGCUUCCUCUACCUAUUAAAAAUUUGAAAAGGUACAAAAUUACUUUCCUUCAGUGACAGUGUAGGAACUAGAGUAAAUGAGAUUGUAUUAUGUCUGUGAAGGGGAUGAUACUGAAGUGAGGUUUUUUGUUUGUUUAGAUACAAAAAUUGUUUUCACCUAUGACUUAAACUGCUUGACAGAGUUGCCAAAUGACAUCAGUAGUGCCUGUGAAACUUACAAUAAAACGAAAAAACAAAUGCAUAGCUAAGCAUGAUGCAAGUUAAUAGAAAAUUUGUAAGUUUUAUGAUCAGAUUCAGAAUAACUAGUUACUGCAAAUGUUUCAGUCACAAAGUGUGAUACAAUGUCUUUUGUUCUUCACAAUUUUAUCACUAGUCAGUAUUUUGCAGUGAAGUUGGUAAUUACUGGUUAACUAGUUAUCCAGUUAAGCCAGAUAGGUGAACCAACCUCCCAGAUAUGACUGAAAAUGUUAAAAUUAAAAUAAAAAACAGACAAGCAAAGCUUUACCAUUGAAGGUUAUCAGUUUUCACAGGUAUAACUGAUUAGUACUGAAACAGAAACCAUGGAAACUUAUUAUGAGAUGAUCAAUAAUUACUGAAUUGUGGACUUUUUUUUUUACCUCAUUUGACAAUGAGUAUUGAACAUAUUGUUUUACCUUUACCACAGGUAUCAUUGUAUACAAUAAUUGAAUAUAUCUAUGAAAUAUAAGUAAACUGAAUUGAAUAAAAGUUGCAUGUAGCAUCAGAUAUGUUAUAAAAUUGGUGAGAUGGAUUUAGCACUAUAUUUUGCUCUAAUGUUUGUUACUUUAUCUGCAAAAUAGCAGUUUUAACUUAAGCUUGACUAAUCAAAGUCAGUGUUGUUAAGUUAGUUAAGUUUUUGCUUGCAUGUUGGUAUCUCAAAAACAACUGAAGGAAAUGGGUUGAAACAUCACACAAUUGUUUUUCCUGAUAAUCUAAUAUGAUGAGCUUAGGUCUCAUAACUCUGACUUACCAUUUGACAAAGUUAUGCCCCUUUUUCACUGUCAAGCACUGAGAAUAGUUAGCAUGCUGUCUUAAUAAUCAAAUUAAACACACCCAUUGCCUUUAUCAGUAUUAUUUUUCAUCAAGGUUGAUGAUAUUGAGAAUAUUAUUAUAAAUUUCUUUACUUUAUUGAGUGCUAAAUACUUUGUUUGGUUCAUCAUUUUGUAUAGAUAGCUAGAUCUAUUUCUGUUAUUUUGAAAUGAUUAAAUAGAAGUAAUGUAUGCAUGUGGGAUGUAAAUAAUUAUUUCUCAAUAUUACUGUAAUAAUACAUAUAUAUCUGGUUUCGAGUGUUACAUGUAGAUAACCAACUUGAAGAUAUAUGUGACAUGAUAGAUUCAUAAUGUUAAUUAAAUAACAACCAACACAAAGCAAUGUAUUCAACCAAUAUUACAUGUACAGGACAAAAAUCAAAGGGUCAUAAUUCUGCCAAAAGCGUUCAAAACAAAAUCCUUACAGUAUGGAUCAGAGCAUUUCUCUUUAGUCAGUCUGUUAUAUUUUCGUUGAAAUUCAUCGGGAAAUGUAGAUGGCGCUGUCUGCCUGCCAAUAUUCUAUCUAAUCACAAUCAUUUUGAUUGAGUACAGCAAACAUUAGAUAUACUGUAUAGAAUUGACUUGUUAGUCCCCUACCGGUUUAACAGGAGGGGACUUUAGGUUUAUCCUCCGUCCGUCUGUCAGUCCGUCCGUCCACAAAACUGGAUCCCGCGAUAACGCAAAAAGUACUGAAAAUAUUUUUAUGAAACUUGAUAUAUGGAUAGAUGGCAGUAUGGAGAUUAUGCACGUCUUUUAUUUUUCUUCCUAUGUUGAAAAUUCUGGUUGCUAUGGCAACAAAUAGUCUGAAAAUAUGGCAAAUUUAACACAUAAACUGGAUCCAGUGAUAACUCAAAAAGUACUGAAAAUAUUUUUAUGAAACUGAAAUAUGGGUAGAUGGCAGUCUGGAGAUUAUGCACAUCUUUCUCUUUUCUUCCUAUAUGGGAAAUUCUGGUUGCUAUGGCAACAAAUAGCAUGGAUUUCAAGAUUUCUGAUUUAAAUUUUUCAGCUUUUUCACUAUAAGUUCUUUAUUUCUUAAGGUGUUUACUUCAAACUUUAAAUAUAAGUUUCUAAUCAUCAACCACAUCAUAUUUAAUGAGGUUUACAACUCUAGCACAAAAAUUAUCUGUAUUACCUCCCUUGAACUUAGAAUUUUUAUGAAAAAAAAUGUCUUUUUUUAAAUAACUUCUUUAUUUCCUAAUGUAUCUGCUUCAAACUUCAUAUAUAUGUUUCUUAUUAUCACUCAACAUUUUUUAGAAGGUUAAAUACUCUAGCAAGACUAUUUCCAGAAUUAUCUCCCCCUUAAACUUAGAUUUUUUUGAGAAAUUGGUAUUUUUCACUCCAACUUCUUCAUUCCUUAUAGGAUUUACAAUAAAAUCCCACAUCGUAAUCAUAUGACAAGGUUGUAUAAACAUAAUUUCCUUACUAGGCAGGGAAACUUAACACAUUACUGUGAUAUAGACAAACUUAGAACUCAAAAGAUUUAAGUUCAUUCAUGUCAUUCAUUCACUGGUAAAAUUGAAUAGCCAUUGGCCCAUCAGAAUGUUGCUGGGGUUCUUACCGGUAGGGGACUUAUGGAUUGCUUGCAAUACUAUGAUAAUUGCUUGUUUGAAAUUUAUGAGAUAAUUUUGUUUGUAUUUUUUUCUUCAAUUUUAUGAAAUAGAAAUGAAUUUGGGAUUGAUUAUGUAACAUUAUGUAAUCCGUCCUGCCAAGUGUAGGUCAUGCUAUGAAGUAUAGAUAGAAGUUUAUAGGAAAACAUGUACUUAAGACAUAAGAACUAACGCUGGUUGUAAAGGGAAUAUCUCAUAGGGGAUGGGGCGUGUACUUGGUGCAUAACUCAUCAAUUGAUAUGUUUUUAAGAUAAGGUUGUCCUUACCAAAUUUAUGUAAACAUACAAGUGCUGUAUGUACAAAGUUAUUGUUAAAAUAGUUACCCUAUUAUUUUGAAAAUAAAACUUGUUGAGUAAAUGUAAAA